UAAAUUCCGCGGUAUCACGUGAUACAAGAUGGUGGAAUAUCACGGGUCUCAUGGAUAAUGUAUUAAAAUUUGACGUUUAUGUCAUUUUUUCAGUAUUCUUGUUCAUCACUUGACUUAAAUUCUCUGCUCGCAAAAUGUUACUACUAAUUUAAAUAUCAAGUACUUUUACGAUAUGAUUUAAUUAAAUAUAAUCACCAUGAAUGAAAGAAGUAUUGAAGAUUCUUCAUAUUUAAGUUAUGAAAUAAAUGGCACUAGAUAUAUUUUACAAACUAUAUCAGAUCCAGCUAUAGAUAUAACAAAAACUGCAUCAACUAAUCAAGAACAAAGUACAAUAAAUAUUAUAGAUGAAUCACAAGUAGCAAAAGAGGAUGAAUCAAUUUCUUUAAUUUGCUUAGAUGGUCAGGUUUACGCAUUUCAAAAUGGAGAAUUACAAGAAUUAGAUUUUAAUCAAAUAAUAGAUGAAAAUGAAUCUCAAAAUAAAACAGUGUUAUUGGCUAAAGAAGAUGUUAAUUGUGAAUCACAGUUUAUUACUAAUGAAGGAUUAGUAAUUGAAAAUAUUGAUGAACAUUCUCAAGAACAAUAUGAAAUUAUCGUGGGACAGAAUGAAAAGAAUUUGAUUAUGGAAAAACAUAAUGUAAAUGCUAAUGAUUUUGUAGAAGUUGUAACAGCAUUCAAAUGUAAAAUCUGUACUUAUACUACUCAAGACAAAACACAAUUAUUACAUCACUUUCAAAAAACACAUGUAAAUCCUAAAAUGGAUAUAGAAGUAAAAGAAGAAUCUAAAAAUAUUGAUGAAGUAAAAUUAUUAUAUAUGUGUGGAGAAUGUUCUAAUUGCUUUCCUUCUAUUGAAGAUUGUAAAGAGCAUAUGAUAAAUGAUCAUCAAUUAACAGACACAGGUGCCAAUAAAGGUGGUAAAGAAAAUAUAACAGAUGAUUCAAAAGAUUCUGGAUUAUUAGAGUGUAUAGGACAGAGUGUUGAAAAUAAUGAUAUAAAACGUCAAGUUAAGAUUCAAAAACCUUUAAAUUCUGAAUAUAUGCUCAAUAAAAAAAUGAUUGAAUUAAUGGAAAGAAAUAUAAAGUGUUCAUAUCGAGGAUGUCCAUAUAAAUUUUCUACAGAAGAAACAAUGCAGCAACAUGCACUUUGUCAUACAGAAUCACAAAACGGAACAGCAUUUAAAUGUACCGUUUGCCGUGAUAUGAAAUUUACCAAGUGGAGACAAUGCAGCUUACAUUUAUGGAAAAAACAUCAAAUUGAUAUAGGUUUAUUUACUUGUAAAAUAUGUAAAGCAUAUAAAAGUGCUACAAUGGUGAAACUUUUAACUCACAUGCGUGUCCAUAGUGAGACUCGUGAGUAUGAAUGUUCGGAAUGUGGUAAAUGUUUUAAACAAGCCAGUCAAUUGCGUAAUCAUAGAGUUAUGCAUUUGGAUCGUAAAACAUUGGAAGUAACUCGGUGGUACACAUCGAAAAAAUGUGAUAUGUGUGGAAAAACUUAUGCAAAUUCCAAAUGUUUAAAAAGUCAUAUUCAAGCAGUACAUUCAAAACUACGACCUUAUGUUUGUAAUGUUUGUGGGCAUUCUAGUGCUAGGAAAGCAAUGUUGCAAAUGCAUUUACGGCAACAUACUGGCGAUAAACCAUUUAGUUGUGAACUUUGUGAAUAUAAAACUGGAGAUCACAAUACGUUGCGACGUCAUAUUAUGCAACAUACAGGUUUUAGACCUUAUAAAUGUCCUCAUUGUUCUUAUACUGCAAUACAAAGUAGUAGUUAUAAAAAUCAUUUAAAAUCUAGACAUCCCUUAUUGUCUGGUUUAUUUACAUGUGAUCUUUGUCCUUUUAAAACUGUUAAAAAUCAAAGUUAUAUACAACAUGUAAGAGAUCACGAAAAAGGAUUAAUCAAAGCAAAUAUGCAAAAGAAAGAUAGCGAAAAUGUUGAAGUUUUUCCUGGUAAUAUCGCAGCGGCACAAUUAAUUUAUAGUUGCUUAGGUGCCUUUUCAAAAGUGGGAGAUACUUUAGAAGCAAAUUUAAUGUCUUCCUCAACAUCUGCAGAUGGUACAUCACAAACAAUUACAAUACAAAUACCAUCAAAACAUCUUGAAGGUUCACUGCCAACAAGAGAAAAUGAAACUAAAAAUAAUUCAACAAUUGAACAAGAAGAUGAAGAAACAAUGCAUUGUUUUUUAAAAAUUCCAAGGGAAGAAGAAGAAAGUAUAGAUACUGGUGGUAUAACUAUUCCUGCAGAACCUGAAGAAUCGGGUGCAACAACAAUUAAUGUUGAUACAUGAAAAUAUAAACUAUAUUAAGAAAAAUGUUUCUAUACAUUUAAAACAAACCAGAAAUUUAUACUUCAAAAAUAAUUGAAGAAAUGCUAGUCACGCGUUACUUAGAAGGUAUGAGAAUCAACUUGUUCUUUCUUAAAGAAAUGCUAGAAUUAAUGUAUUAAUUUUUUAAAUCAUAAUUGUGAUACUAUUUUUGGAAUUGUAUAUUAUAUCUGCAAAAACAAACUUAAUAAUUCGAAUGUUUUGUUUAAAAAAAUUAAAUUUUGUACAUUAUUUUAAAGAAAUGGAAGCAUGUAUAUUUUCAAUCAAUUAAUCGCAAUUGAUGAUUCUAUGUUCAUAUUUGUUCAAAAAAAGCUUUAUUUUGCUCUAAAAUAAGUUUUUAUAGUUGAAGAAAGAAACUAAUUUUGAGAUUUUUUAUUUUAAAUUUUAUUAUGAAUAUAAUUUAUUAUAUAUUAAAACACAUUUAAGAUUUUGAAUGUAUUUAUUGAUAAUUAAUAGGAAAUUAGUAGAAGUGUACAUAAAAAUUGUAAAAUAAUAAUCUGGAAACCGUUAUAUAAAAUGUAAAUUACAAUGUUUCGUAUAGUUUACAAUAUGAUUAAAAUAAUAUUUUACAUGAUGGACUAAAGAAAAAUUCUCUAGUCUUUUUGACUUAAUUAAUCAUCAGGUAAAAAUAAUACUUAUUGCUAUGGAAGAUUGAAUUUAUGAUUUUUUUAAAAGAUUUUACAUAUUAAUUAUUGGAUUUCACAAAUAUGUCUCACAAAUUGAAAUUUGGGUAUCAAUUUGCUUAAGUGCGAGAUUUGUGAAAAUGGUAACUAAUGUGUCAUAUAAACAUAUUUUUUAAAAAUCCAAUAGAAAGUUUAAAAUAGCUAAGUAAAUUAUAGUAUAUAACGGCGUUUUAUAUGCAUUUUGUAAAAAAAAAAUGUGAAAUGAAAUAAAAAAUACUGCUUUCCAGAAUAGCCUAAGCAAAUUGAUACGAGUUAUUAUUUACAGCUAAUUAUCCAUAAAAUGUGAGAAGCUCCUUUUUUUAAGCAGCUGUUACGGAUCUUCUCGUAAAUUACACAUCAUAUCACAACUAACAAUCCCUGGGCAGUUCGCCAUAAUAUGCCGUUAAAGCUAUUAACUUUUUGUCCAGAAAGUUCUGCUCCACUUCUACACCACCACCUACUCCGGCUAACAUGGCAAGCUGUAAAUUUGUAUAUGUGUAUAAAAAACAAAGCAAUUAUUGUAGAAUAUAUUAUAAAAUAAUAUAGAAUAUCGAAA